AUGACAAAGAAAAAGUCGAAUGGCUUCAUGUACUUUGCGGAUUCGCGUCGUGCUUUCUACGAAGCCGAGGCCGGCUGUAACUUUGGGUCGAAACGACUAGUAGAACGAGCAGCCGACGAUUGGAAGCAAAUGAGUCACACUGAACAAGAACACUGGAAAACGGAAAGCAAGCGUCGGUUGGAGGAGCAGGUAGCUGUCGCCAUCUCAGUUAUAGAGAAUAAGGCUUGCUGA